GGCAGGUAAUAAAGCAGGAGGAGGGAGAUGGAUGGAUGGGGAGGGCGGAGAGCCACGUGGUGCCAUAAGGCCCAGCUAAAGAGGGCUGUCCUGGGAGUGCCCAGCCUACAGGAGCCAAGGCUCAGAAGGGGGACUGUUAGCCUUGUCCUGAGCAGCAAGGCCUGGAGAAAGACAUGCACCGAGGUGUGCCAGGACCAGGCCCCAGGGGCCCGAAGGGGGCAGAGGGCUCUGCCAAGGACUUGGGGGGCUCCUGCCUGGAAGCCGGGAAGGAUUUUGGGGUGCUGAGGGAGAACGGCCUCCCUCGCGGCCUGGGCGAGGCAGAGGAGGUGCAGAGCAGUAGAAAGCGCGCGCGACCCGUGCGGUCCAAAGCGCGGCGCGUGGCGGCCAACGUGCGGGAGCGCAAGCGCAUCCUGGACUACAACGAGGCUUUCAAUGCGCUGCGCCGGGCGCUGCGGCACGACCUCGGCGGCAAGAGGCUUUCCAAGAUCGCCACGCUGCGCAGGGCCAUCCACCGCAUCACUGCGCUCUCCCUGGUCCUGCGCACCAGCCCCGCGCCCCGCUGGCCCUGCGCGCAUCUGGAGUGCCACGGCCAGUCGGAGCGUGCCAGGGACGCCGGGGACGCGGGUUGCAGCCCGCCGCCGCCCGCCGGCCUCUUCGCACAGCGCUGUGCCUCGUGCUCCCAGCACACGCCUCUGGGACGGCCAGUGACCGAGGCGCAGGGUUUGGCCCAGGCCUCCACUGGGAGUUGGCGCCUGUGUCCAGGGGCACCCCUUGCCUGCCUGCUGGGCCACCCACGGGUGGAUUCCGAGCCGAGCUACCAGCAUUCCUGACCUGCUCACUGAGUGUACCAGCCAGUGGAGGGAGGAGCCAAUGGCAGGGUGACUACAGGAAGACUGCAAAACAAAAAACAAAACAAACAAAAAACCCAAGCGGACUCAGCAAAACCGAAUGGGCUGGCGCCUCCUUGCCGGUGCGAAGGAGCUCUGAAGCCUGGGACGGCAUGCCCCACCUCCCCAAUCCCAACCUGGAGUGGCGACUCCGGGAAAGGAGCAGGAUCCUGCUGGACUCUUUCUUACAUUUGGACUUGAUGAAUUCUUCUUCAAAAGUGACUUUUGUAUUC